AUGCAGGCGGCGCGGGGCGGCGCGGGGUGGCCGGGCCGGGCGGGCCGCGGGCCGGAUUGCGGGCGCCAGCGGCCGCCGGGUGCCAGAGCCGCGUCCCCCUGCGCCGCCCCGGGCCGGCCGGCCGGAGCCGCCGCCAUGCACCCCGGGCCGCCCCGCGCCGCGCUCCGCCUCUGGCUGGGCUGCGUCUGCCUCGCGCUGGUGCAGGCGGACAGCCCCUCCGCCCCAGUGAAUGUCACUGUCAGGCACCUCAAGGCCAACUCCGCGGUGGUGAGCUGGGAUGUCCUGGAGGAUGAGGUUGUCAUCGGAUUUGCCAUCUCUCAGCAGAAGAAGGACGUGCGGAUGCUGCGCUUCAUCCAGGAGGUGAACACCACCACCCGCUCGUGCGCCCUCUGGGACCUGGAGGAGGACACGGAAUACAUCGUGCACGUGCAAGCCAUCUCCAUCCAGGGCCAGAGCCCGGCUAGCGAGCCAGUGCUCUUCAAGACGCCGCGGGAGGCUGAGAAGAUGGCCUCCAAGAACAAAGAUGAGGUGACCAUGAAGGAGAUGGGGCGGAACCAGCAGCUGCAGACAGGCGAGGUGCUGAUCAUCGUCGUGGUCCUGUUCAUGUGGGCCGGCGUCAUUGUCCUCUUCUGCCGCCAGUAUGACAUUAUCAAGGACAAUGAGCCCAAUAACAACAAGGAAAAAACCAAGAGUGCGUCAGAAACCAGCACACCAGAGCACCAAGGCGGGGGGCUUCUCCGCAGCAAGUCUGGUGAAGGAGACUGA